CCUCCAAGAUGGGCAGCCGCUCCUCCUCCCGUCUCGGCGAGCCGCCGCCGCCGCCGCCCUCUGUCCACUGCAAGCGCAAGUCUCGACCAAUCCAUGCCCUCCUCAUCCUCAAGCCCUAGCACCAGCUCUUCACCCACCCGCCCCCGCGGCAAGGACCAAAAGCUCGCGGCCUCGCGCAUUCGCCUCAUUCCAGUCCAGGUACGCCUAGGCGGCUAGGCCUCGCCGAUCCGCCGUGGAGCCGUGCCGGGAAGAUAUGAGGCCUCCGGUGGGCGGUGGCGACGUACGGAGUCGGAGGGACGCGAUGCUUGGAGCUUUUGGUACACUACUACGUGUAGCAGUGCAACUCCCAACUGUAUAAGAGUAUUGCUCUUGCGUUCAGCAUCUUAAUUUGCUUCGCUGUAGACAUCGUUUGUCCUGCCUAAAAUUUGUGCCUCUUUUAGCUUCAAUAUUGUUUUGUUUGAGCUCAUCAGUUGACUGCAGUAAGCCAGUAACAUAUCAUUUUCGUGUUCAUAACAUCACUGGCUACGUAAAUUUAUAUACCAAGCAUAUAUUCCCCAAAAAAUGUUGCCCAUUAAAUUUGGGCAACUCUUAUUUCUCCUUUUUCUUUUGCUGCAUCCAUUUAAUUCCCAUGUCAAGGUUUAGCUUAGGCAAUGAACCCUGUUCUCUGCGUGCACGUCAGAAUCACAAAAUAGUUUGCACACAAAUAAAAAAGAAUAAAAAUUCCAGUCACCCCAAAAUUAGUAAAGAUGGAAGCUUUAGGGUGGUUGCAAUGCAGGCCGUAGAAUAAAUGGUAAACUUGACUUCGACGGUUGAGGCACAAACCUGCCUCUCUCCGUUUCAGAUUUCCAUGGCACACUAUUUAAGCUGAUGAUAACAGGGAUAGAAAGGAGCACAGAUCUCUAGUAAGAGGCAAGGGACGCGGGAAGUCGCCUAAUUCUUUGAUUGAAUUAGGCACUUCUUCGUCCCGCAAUCGUCUCUUUUUUUUUGUAAUAUUGUACUCAUUUUCAAUCCACAGGACCUAAGCAACACUUGAUUCAAUUAUGGACGGAUUGCUUGGCCUAUUGAAAGUGCGGGUGGUUCGUGGGAUCAACCUAGCCUACCGCGAUGCAAGAGGCAGCGAUCCAUAUGUUGUCCUACGACUUGGCAAGAAGAAACUGAAGACAAGUGUGAAGAAGAGAUCUGUCAAUCCCAUCUGGCAUGAAGAGCUAACUUUGACGGUCACAAAUUCCAGCGAACCACUUAAGCUUGAGGUGUUUGACAAGGACACUUUCAGCAGAGAUGACCCUAUGGGAGACGCAGAGAUCGAUGUAGCACCCAUGAUGGAAGUUAUAAAUAUGAACCCGGAGGACAUUAAGAACGGCGCCAUCAUAAAGUCUGUCCGACCAAGCACCCGGAAUUGCCUCGCAGACGAGAGUCACGUCUGCUGGAGGAACGGUAGGUUUGUCCAGGACAUGAUUCUCCGGCUGAAGAACGUCGAGAGUGGAGAGAUACAGCUCCAGCUGCAAUGGGUAAACAUUCCUGGUGCCAAGUAAUCCGCGAUUUCCCUUUGGAGAUCAUAGCUCUUCCUCCCAUUGCCAUGGGAAUCUUCUGAUCGAUGAGCACUAAAGGCUUGAUUUUGAUGACAUGUUGGGAUCGGUGCCUUCCUGUGUUUAUGUGGGAAAUGAAGCAUUCCAUUGCAAUCGCAUUUUCACCUGUUGUGAAUGUCGGAUUGUAACUUAACCAGCAAUGGGGUCAGGGUAGUCAAUGUUGGCAGGGGGGGAAGGGGAGAAAAUAAUGUCGAAUGGCGCUGCCAAAGUGUAUCCGGGUUACAAUUUGUAAAGUUUGGACAAAUAAUUGAACUCAAGUGGUAGGGAUCCUGUUUUGGCAA